AUGCCAGAAGACCUUAGAGAAAACAAUAAAGUAGCUGUUACGACUGCAAGAAAAAUGGCAGGUUUGAUAAGAAGAACCUUUCAAGCAAGGGAUGCCAUGCCAGUGAUGAUAUUUGUCAAGACACCAGUGCUCUCCAGAGUGAACUCUGGUACUGCUCUUACUCUUACUCUCAUCCCUGCCACUGGUACUGCUCUUACUCUUACUCUCAUCUCUGCCACUGGUACUGCUCUUACUCUUACUCUCAUCCCUGCCUCUGGUACUGCUCUUACUCUUACUCUCAUCCCUGCCUCUGGUACUGCUCUUACUCUUACUCUCAUCUCUGCCACUGGUACUGCUCUUACUCUUACUCUCAUCCCUGCCUCUGGUACUGCUCUUACUCUUACUCUCAUCCCUGCCUCUGGUACUGCUCUUACUCUUACUCUCAUCCCUGCCUCUGGUACUGCUCUUACUCUUACUCUCAUCCCUGCCUCUGGUACUGCUCUUACUCUUACUCUCAUCCCUGCCUCUGGUACUGCUCUUACUCUUACUCUCAUCCCUGCCUCUGGUACUGCUCUUACUCUUACUCUCAUCCCUGCCUCUGGUACUGCUCUUACUCUUACUCUCAUCUCUGCCACUGGUACUGCUCUUACUCUUACUCUCAUCCCUGCCUCUGGUACUGCUCUUACUCUUACUCUCAUCCCUGCCACUGGUACUGCUCUUACUCUUACUCUCAUUCCUGCCUCUGGUACUGCUCUUACUCUUACUCUCAUCCCUGCCACUGGUACUGCUCUUACUCUUACUCUCAUCCCUGCCUCUGGUACUGCUCUUACUCUUACUCUCAUCUCUGCCUCUGGUACUGCUCUUACUCUUACUCUCAUCCCUGCCACUGGUACUGCUCUUACCCUUACUCUCAUCCCUGCCUCUGGUACUGCUCUUACUCUUACUCUCAUCCCUGCCACUGGUACUGCUCUUACUCUUACUCUCAUCCCUGCCUCUGGUACUGCUCUUACUCUUACUCUCAUCUCUGCCUCUGGUACUGCUCUUACUCUUACUCUCAUCUCUGCCACUGGUACUGCUCUUACUCUUACUCUCAUCUCUGCCACUGGUACUGCUCUUACUCUUACUCUCAUCUCUGCCACUGGUACUGCUCUUACCCUUACUCUCACCCCUGCCUCUGGUACUGCUCUUACUCUUACUCUCAUCCCUGCCACUGGUACUGCUCUUACUCUUACUCUCAUCCCUGCCUCUGGUACUGCUCUUACUCUUACUCUCAUCUCUGCCACUGGUACUGCUCUUACUCUUACUCUCAUCCCUGCCACUGGUACUGCUCUUACUCUUACUCUCAUCCCUGCCACUGGUACUGCUCUUACUCUUACUCUCAUCCCUGCCACUGGUACUGCUCUUACUCUUACUCUCAUUCCUGCCUCUGGUACUGCUCUUACUCUUACUCUCAUCCCUGCCACUGGUACUGCUCUUACUCUUACUCUCAUUCCUGCCUCUGGUACUGCUCUUACUCUUACUCUCAUCUCUGCCACUGGUACUGCUCUUACUCUUACUCUCAUCUCUGCCUCUGGUACUGCUCUUACUCUUACUCUCAUUCCUGCCUCUGGUACUGCUCUUACUCUUACUCUCAUUCCUGCCUCUGCUACAAUCUCUACUCUUUCACUAACUCUCGGUUCCUGCCAUUACUACUUAUUCAAACCUUCAAAUCCAGGGUUGUCACCAAAAUGUUCCAACUUUUCAAAUCACUUGUGCUUCUCCGCCUUGAGUACUACUCAAUACCUGCCUCCCCUUUCAAAGCAGGAGACUUCUGAAAUUAAAGGAAUACAGAGAAGGUAA